GGAAUAACUGUUACUUGACAGGUUGGUACCGUAAGUGAAGUUCAGUCUUGAUGCGGCUACUCAUCUAUACAAAAGUUCAUUUUAAUUCUGGCACUCAUGAAAGAAUAGAUAUUUCCCAUUAUUUAAUAAUGAUGAAUCUGAGCAUAAUAUCUUGCUCAACCCUUUGUUAUUUGGCGGCUGCAGUAAUUUUUGGCGGGGCAUUUUUAUUCAUCUCGGCAAUAAAAUUGUAUUUGUACUUCAGUUUAGGUGUUUGUAAGAGUAAAAAUAAAAUGAAUGGAAAAACUGUUAUAAUAACUGGCUGCACUUCUGGAAUUGGAAAAGAAACAGCCAAAGAUCUUGCCAAACGUGGUGCUCGCGUUAUUAUGGCGUGUAGAAAUGUGAAGAAUGCCACAAAAUUAAAAGAUGAAUUAAUAGAAGAUACGAAAAAUGAGAAUAUAAUUGUUCGUAAACUAGACUUAUCGUCUCUUCAAUCAGUACGUGAAUUUGCAAAGCAAAUUAAUAAAGAAGAAAAAAGUUUACAUGUUUUAAUACACAAUGCAGGUACGGCUGAAACAUUUAGAAAAAAAAUUACCGAAGAUGGUUUGGAAAUGACAAUGGCUACUAAUCACUAUGGACCAUUUCUUCUGACUCACCUCCUAAUUGAUUUAUUGAAGAAAACAGCUCCCAGUCGAGUAAUAGUUGUGGCCUCGGAAUUGUACAGAAUAUCAACUUUGAAUAUGGACAAUUUAAAUCCAACCACAACACUUCCAGGCUAUUUAUAUUAUGUGUCAAAGUAUGCAAAUAUUGUUUUCACUUUGGAAUUGGCACGUCGUCUCGAAGGCACUGGUGUGACGGCAAAUUGUCUUCAUCCAGGAAUGAUCGAUAGUGGCAUUUGGAGAAAUGUUCCAAUUCCAUUGUCCUGGGGAAUGGGAAUAAUUAUCAAAUCAUUCUUCAAAACACCAAAGCAAGGAGCUCAAACAUCAAUAUAUCUUGCAGUUUCGGAUGAAACUGCAAAUGUCACUGGCAAAUAUUAUCUUGAUUGUCAUGAAUCAACAUUAUCUUCAGGUGUAUCGGAUCCAGCAAAGGGGAAAAAAUUAUGGGAGGCAAGCGAAAAUUUUGUUAAAUUACAACCAACCGAUCCAAAAAUUUAAAAAGAAAAACAAAUCUUCAUUUUCCAUUCCGCCCAUAAAAGACUAUACUAUUGAGUGUCAACUUAAUAGAUUACAUUUAGUUUAGCUAUAAGUUCUUUUUUUAUAUUCAUUUUGAAUAAAUUGUUGUUUAAGAUGAAAA